AUGGACGCUCAGACUGCUGACGAAGGCUCCGGGUUCGAGAUGUACACGCGGUUCUCUGUUAUUGAUGAAAAACUCACUUCCAAUGGUUCUUGUUUGGAAACCCUAAAACCGGAUGUGAACAAAAAUAAGUACUUCAGGGAGUUCACUGUGUGGGACUUGUCAGACCACCCAGUACCCGGUCCCAGUACUUCUAAAUCACAAGGGUAUUGUUGGUACGAAGGGGUUCUUACAGAUGAGCUGCAGCUGGGAGCACAGAUCCUGAUGUCGGAGCCCGGGAAGCUGAAGCAGAAGAUCAACGUUUGGAUGGAGGACUACUGGAACAUCACGGAUAUGGCGGCCAUCGCCGUGUUCCUGCUGGGUCUCCUCCUGCGGCUGCAGAGCGAACCCUCCAUGGGCUACGGACGCGUCAUCUACUGCGUGGACAUCAUCUUCUGGUACAUCCGAGUCCUCGACAUCUUCGGCGUCAACAAGUACCUGGGACCCUACGUCAUGAUGAUCGGGAAGAUGAUGGUCGACAUGCUUUACUUCGUGGUCAUCAUGCUGGUGGUCCUGAUGAGCUUUGGUGUGGCAAAGCAGGCGAUCCUUCACCCGGACGAGGAGCCCACCUGGAGGCUGGCCCGCAACAUCUUCUACAUGCCUUACUGGAUGAUCUACGGAGAGGUGUUUGCAGACUCCAUAGACC